AUGCGCUCCACGUCUUCCCACCAAACCCCAUGCGGUGAGCUGCGGCCAUCACCUCCCGGUCUGGCGCGCGGUGCACCCUCAGGUGGAUCGCGGACACGCAGCCUCGUUGAUAAUGGCCUGGUUCCCACCUUCUACAACAUAUCCGUUCGCACUCCAACCAAGACUGAAUCCGACACUUAUGAUCAGCGAAAGUGUUUCGCAAACGGAUUCAUCAAAGUGGCCGGUGCCUUGGAAAGUGUCGGUAGUGAUGGGAUCAACCUCGAACAGAAAUAUGUCGACACGCCCUCACCGUAUCCCUGUUUUUCGAAAAAUCGAAACGCCCCUGCCAUAUGCUCGCACCCACUGUGGGUUGCAUACAGGGGUCGUCGAAGGAGGGGAUCCGCAACUUCAGCUUUCCAUGUUGGUCUCCGCGGGCCAAAGCCUGGAAGACGGGGCUGUUCUCUGCUGGGGAAUGGUAUCUUUGGCGACGAUAGUGUGGCGAGCAGGUUGUGUGAUGGUAGUAGUGGACAUUUUUGA